AUGACCAAACCAAUUGUCCUCCAUCUCGGUGAUGACAUCCGCUGGAAUCACGACCAAUACAGCAAGUUCCAAGAUGUCUUCGAGAUCCGCCGGUCCUACAGCAUGUCUCGGCCGGAGUUUAUCCGAGCCCUGAAAGAGCGCCAAUUCGGCGAUUUCUUCGCCAUCUACCGCCCAUUCUGGAAUACCGGCGGCGAGAUGGGGAACUGGGAUGAGGAGCUCAUCUCACUGCUACCAGACUCUUGCAAGGUCUACGCCAGUGCAGGUGCUGGAUUUGACUGGGUUGAUACCGCAGCUUUGGCGAAGAAGGGGGUGGUUUACUGCAAUGCUGCAGCAGCAUGCACAGAAUCCGUCGCCGACGCCGCAAUCUGGCUCAUAAUCUCCACAUUCCGCCUGUUCUCUUGGUCACACAUUGCCGCACGCGCACUGGAUGUCGAUGCAUUUGUCGACGCAAACCGCAACCUGGCGAUGGUCUCACACAACCCCAAUGGACACACACUUGGAAUCAUUGGCUUCGGCCAGAUCGGCCGGCGCACUGCCGAGAAGGCGUUCCUGGCCUUGAACAUGAAGAUUCACUAUUACGACAUCGUGCAGAUGCCCGCACAGCUGGAAGCCGUCUCGAAGGCAACAUACCAUAAGACCAUGGACAGUCUCCUUGCUGUUUCAGACUGUGUCAUGGUUGCAACGCCGUUUAGCGGGGAGACACUCCUCAAUGCAUCUCUGCUGGCAAAGAUGAAGGACGGCUCGCGACUGAUUAAUAUCGCCCGUGGCAAGUUGCUCGAUGAGAGUGCCCUUGUUGACGCACUGAAGAGUGGUAAGCUUGCUGCUGCGGGCUUGGAUGUGCACUACAAUGAGCCACGCGUCAGCCCGGAGCUUGCAAGCAUGAAGAAUGUUGAGAUGAUGUCGCACAAUGCUGGUGCUUCAGUGGACUCACAUAUCGGAUUUGAGAGGUUGGGUAUGGAGAAUAUUACUGCUUUCUAUCAAACUGGAAAGGCUGUUACGCCUGUCAAUGCGCACCUAGUCGCCAAAGCGACAGGCUCAAAGCUAUAG